AUGCCUCGACGACCUCGACCUGCUACCAGACGUCCCCCUCCGAAGGCUGUUCUUGUUGCCCCUGCUGCGCCGGCUCUGACCAGUCCGACUGCUGCACGUCAAAAACAGUCUCAGCAUGAACAGCCCCGUGAUCCUGCGGCGUCAGACCCUGAGAUUGAAUCUGAGAACGAUGCCUUGGAGUCAGACGAAGAAGAGGAUGCAGCCUCUGGGUCAUCCUCCAGCAAUAGUAGUCACGGCUCAGAUAUUGAAGAUGAAAUAGAAGACGUGGAUGUGGAUGCCCCUCGGGUAGCGCAGUAUGUUGACGAGGAGGACCUAGACGGGCUCGACACAGAGAGUGAACCUGAGUCGAGUAGCGAAGAGGAGGAGCCUUUACAUCUCGUGCGUGAAUUACCAUACCUUGCCUCUCUUCCUUUCGGUGCUUUGCGGAAUGCACAAAAGACUCUGUCUCGCGCAACUGCAUUCAGCGACUCGGAAGAUGAGGAAACGGAGGACGAGGUUUCAGGGCCGGAACAGGACACCUCCAGGUCUGAUGCCAAAGGGAAGGGCAAGGAGAUAGAGGACGGUCGGAAACCCAAGAAGGAGAUACCCAAACGGAAGAACAAGCAUUCGCCACAGGAGGUGAGCUCGAAGAAGCCGGUAGCACGGAAGAAACUGGGGGUGGAGGAAUCUAAAGUGGUACCUCGCGACCCACGCUUUCUGACAUUAGCGGGAGAGUUUGACUCCAAACGCUUCCAAACUCAAUACGGUUUCCUAGCGGGUAUGCACACGCAUGAAAUGAAAACGCUGAGGGAUAACCUCAAGCGCGCGCGCAAACUACUGGCCAACUCGCCCCGCGAUUUGCGAGAGGAGCGCGAACAAGAGGUACAAAGGUUAGAAAGAGCAUAUAAGCGAGCGGAGAGUCAAGUCAGCAAGGACCGCAGGGAAAAGAUCGAGCAUGAAGCGCUCGGGAAAGUAGCGAAGGAAGAGAAGGAGAAACGUAGUGCCGGAAAGGGAGCGUGGUACCUCAAAAACGCGGACAAGAAGGAGCUGCUCUUGCGCGCAAAAUACGAUGCGCUCGCUGCGUCUGGAGGACGAGGAGCAGUCAAAAAGGCCAUCGACAAGAGGCAGAAGAAGACGUCUCAGAAGGAGAAGAAGCGUAGACCGUUUGCUCCGGGGCAAACCGCCGGGCCUGCGCGCAAGCGAACGAGCUCUGGGCCAGAGGACGACGGACAACGGUCGGGGAAACGGCGGCGAAUGGGCUGA